AGGAGCCGCGGCGGCCGCCCAGCCCCGCGCUCCGCCACCCGGCUGCACCAGCCGGCGCCGACCGGGGCCAUGCGCGCGCUGCGGACCAUCGUGGACAUGUCGUACGCCCGCCACUUCCUGGACUUCCAGGGCUCCGCCAUCCCCAGCGCCAUGCAGAAGCUGGUGGUGACCCGGCUGAGCCCCAACUUCCGCGAGGCCGUCACCCUGCGCCGGGACUGCGCGGUGCCGCUCCCCGGGGACGGAGAGCUCCUCGUCCGGAACCGAUUCGUGGGUGUGAACGCCUCGGACAUCAACCACACCGCCGGCCGAUACAACCCUUCCCUGAAGGUCCCCUUCGAUGCUGGCUUUGAAGGCCUGGGGGAGGUGGUGGCCUUAGGCCUCUCGGCUAGUGCCAGGUACACGGUUGGCCAAGCUGUCGCUUACAUGGCACCCGGCUCUUUUGCCGAGUACACAGUGGUGCCCGCCAACAUGGCCACUCCCAUGCCCUCUGUGAAACCCGAGUACCUCACGUUGCUGGUAAGUGGCAGCACGGCCUACAUCAGCUUGGCCGAGCUUGGAGAGUUGUCGCAAGGACAGAGAGUUUUGGUGACAGCCGCGGCUGGGGGGACAGGCCAGUUCGCCGUGCAACUUUCCAAGAGAGCGAAGUGCCAUGUCAUCGGGACCUGCUCUUCCGAAGAGAAGUGCUCUUUCCUGAAGACCAUCGGCUGCGAUCGCCCCAUCAACUAUAAAACGGAGGAUGUGGGUGCUGUCCUUCAACGGGAGUACCCGGAAGGCGUGGACGUGGUCUAUGAGUCCGUGGGGGGAGGCCUGUUCGACUUGGCCGUGGAUGCGCUGGCCACCAAAGGUCGCUUGAUCGUAAUUGGGUUUAUCUCUGGCUACCAAACUCCAACCGGCCUCUCUCCCAUUAAAGCCGGAGCGCUGCCAGCCAAACUGCUGAGGAAGUCUGCCAGCGUGCGGGGUUUCUUCCUGAACCACUACUUCGCUCAGUACCGGGCAGCCAUGGACAACUUGCUUAAGCUGUGUGAGGGCGGGGAGCUGGCGUGUGGGGUGGACCUAGGGGAGCAGUCUCCAGGGGGCCUGUUUACGGGCUUGGAGUCUGUAUUCCGCGCUGUCGAUUAUAUGUACACGGGCAAAAACACUGGGAAAAUUGUCGUUGAAUUACCUCACUCUGUCAGCAGUAAGCUGUAAAAACAGAGCAGCGAGAUAAAUCAAACGAGCAUGAAAAUGGGCACUUUAGAGCUUCCGAAUUGCGAAAAAUCGAUGUAUUUUUAGUUGGUAAAGGAUAUAAUGUUUCUUCAAACCAAUGUUAAGGUGUUAAUGAA